AUGUCAAGUUCAGGGUAUCCUCCUAACCAAGGAGCUUUUAGCACUGAGCAGAGUCGCUACUCCACCCACCCAGUCCAGUAUACUUUUUCCAGCAGCAGACAUCAGCAGGAGUUUCCCAUACCAGAGUACCGCAAUGCUCAUUUGGAAGCCACCAGCUAUUGCAGCAACAGCAGCUCAGAAGACGGCCAUCUUUGUUGUCUGAGUUUCACCCAGGGUCUGACAGGCCUCAGGACAGGAGAACAGGGUAUGAACAGCAGUACCAUUCUGUGUCACAAAGUGAGCAUGACGCCCUGGAAUCCAAAAGACCUCGGCUGGAACAGGAGCAAGGCUUGUCUGGCAAACAUGAUCCCCCUUCCUCUCCCCUGUCGGGGCAUCAAGGUGAGGACCAGGAAGCAUCCCCCUCCAAACUCUCUAAGGAAGAACUGAUACAGAGUAUGGAUCGGGUGGACCGUGAGAUUGCAAAAGUUGAACAACAAAUUUUGAAGUUAAAGAAAAAACAGCAACAGCUUGAAGAAGAAGCAGCCAAACCUCCAGAGCCCGAGAAGCCCGUCUCCCCUCCACCUGUGGAACAGAAACAUCGCAGCAUAGUCCAAAUUAUUUAUGAUGAAAACCGGAAAAAAGCAGAGGAAGCACACAAAAUUCUAGAAGGUCUGGGUCCUAAAGUGGAACUGCCUCUUUACAACCAGCCUUCAGACACGAAGGUUUAUCAUGAAAACAUCAAGACGAAUCAGGUUAUGAGGAAGAAGCUGAUCUUAUUUUUCAAGAGAAGAAAUCAUGCUAGAAAACAAAGGGAACAGAACAUUUGUCAACGUUACGAUCAGCUGAUGGAAGCUUGGGAGAAAAAAGUGGAUAGAAUAGAGAACAACCCACGGAGGAAAGCAAAGGAGAGCAAAACCCGUGAAUACUACGAAAAACAGUUCCCAGAAAUUCGAAAACAGAGGGAACAGCAAGAGAGGUUUCAAAGAGUCGGUCAGAGGGGUGCUGGUCUAUCCGCAACCAUUGCCAGGAGCGAACAUGAGAUCUCGGAAAUCAUCGAUGGUCUGUCUGAGCAGGAGAAUAAUGAAAAGCAAAUGCGGCAGCUCUCGGUCAUUCCACCCAUGAUGUUUGAUGCAGAACAGAGAAGGGUGAAGUUCAUUAAUAUGAAUGGUUUGAUGGAAGAUCCGAUGAAGGUCUACAAAGAACGGCAGUUCGUGAAUGUUUGGACAGACCAUGAAAAAGAAAUAUUUAAAGAAAAAUUUGUACAGCAUCCUAAAAACUUUGGUCUGAUUGCUGCUUGUCUGGAGAGAAAGAGUGUUCCUGAUUGUGUGUUGUAUUAUUAUUUAACUAAGAAAAAUGAAAACUAUAAAGCUCUUGUAAGAAGAAAUUACAGCAAGCGAAGAGGACGAAACCAGCAACAGAUUGCACGACCAUCCCAAGAAGAAAAGGAAAUUGACAAAGUGGAAGAGGAGAAAGCAGAAAAAAAUGAGAAAAGGGAGGAAGAACGAAGGGAAGAGGAGGAGAAAGAUACAAAAGAGGAGUUUAGGGAGAACACCAAAGAGAAAAUUGAUACUGUUGCAGAAGACCUGGAAGAAAGAGAGCAAUCCACUCCCAAGGGACGCAAAACAGCAAAUAGUCAAGGUCGACGGAAGGGUCGAAUUACAAGAUCAAUGGCAAGUGAGGCAGCUGCCGCUAAUGCAGCAGCUACCUCGAUGUCUCCUGCUGCUGGACCAUCUCCUCUUCCUAACCCAGCACCACCGCCAGCUGCGUCUACUCCUGUGGCAGCUGCGUUAGAAGACCCUCCAGCUUCUCUACCUGCAACAGCUGCACAGGAGCAAACUUCUGCAGAGACUGUGGAGACCUCACGCUGGACUGAAGAAGAAAUGGAAGUUGCUAAAAAAGGCUUGGUGGAACACGGUCGUAACUGGGGAGCCAUCGCCAAGAUGGUAGGAACGAAGAGCGAAGCCCAGUGUAAAAACUUCUACUUCAAUUACAAAAGGAGGCACAACCUGGACAACUUGUUGCAGCAGCACAAACAGAAAUCUCCUCGUAAGCCACGAGAAGAGCGAGAUGUAUCACAGUGUGAAAGCGUGGCAUCCACUGUUUCCGCCCAGGAAGAUGAGGAUAAUGAAGUUUCUAAUGAUGAAGAGAAUCCGGAAGAUAGUGAAGGUGUUGAUAACAGUUCAGACACUGAGAGUGCCCCUUCACCUUUAGCUGAAGAAGGAGCCAAACAAGCUGAAGAAACACCUGAUAGAACCACUGCUGCUUCAGUAACAGCUGCAUCUCCAUCGCAAGAACUUGCCAACAGGCCUGCUACUAGUGCAUCCCCGACCACUGCUCCACAGAAUGUUAAAACUCAUGAGAACCAGUACCCAGAAACUACAGGUGAAAGAGGAAAUCAAUCCUGAACCUGAGGAGGCCAUGGAGGUUGAGGAGAGAAGUGAAAGUACUGAGUCUAAACCAUCUCCCAGCCUCCAAAUCAACACCAAAGCUGAACCUGUUGAGUCUGAGGUGAAGCCACCAGAGAGUGCUCAAGUAAAAAUGGAGGAUGAUACCAAAGACAGAGUUUUGGAAAGAAUGAAAGAGAAGUCUGAGCCUGACGACAUAGAGUAUGUUCCAAGCAAAAUACCUUCUCAUACAAGGGUGGAGUCUCAGUCAGAGAAUGACUCCAGUGCUACUUGCAGUGCUGAUGAAGACAUUGAUGGAGAGCUUGACAGGUCAAGGGUAUACACCAUUGAUUCAAAACCUUCAAUGUUAAAUCCAAGUGGAACCAUUCUGAUAUCUUCCUCUAUGAAGCAAGGGCCAAUGGAUCUGCAACAGUUACAUCACCGGGCAGCUGUUAUUCCACCCAUGGUAUCUUGCAGCCCCUGUGCUAUCCCCCCUAGCGCACCAGUGUCGGCAAACAGCUUCGCUUUGUACCAGCGACACCUUCAGUCUUUGCAUGAAAAUAACUUACUAGAAGAGCAAAGGCAGAGGCAGGAACAGAUGAACAUUGAAAGCAAGAGAUCACUCAGCCCAGCAAACAUGUCCAAGAGUCCAAGCAUUGACUGGGAAGGAAAAUCUGUGUACAUGCCUUAUGCUGCUGAAGUCAAGCGAGCACUGGAGCAUGAAGCUCAAAUGCAGAAUGUUGCACGAUCUGUUUCACCGUACAGGAUGUCUCCACGAGAAGUUAGCAAGGCUUCCCCGCAAGCAGAGCUCAAUCCUGUCCGCUACUGUGUCCCUCCAGUAUUGCAGCCUGCUCCCCAUCAGGUAAUAACUUCCUUAGCGGAGGGAACACGACUCCCUGUGACGCGCCCAACCCGUCCACCUCCUCCUCUGAUUCCAUCAUCCAAAACUACAGUGACCUCCUCUGACAAGCCUUCCUUUAUUGUGGGGGGAUCUAUAUCCCAGGGAACACCUGGCACAUACUUAACAUCGCUCAGUCAGCAGCCCUAUAACCCAGAACCAGUUAAACCCUCUGUUGGCUCCAUCUCUCUUGGCCUGCCAAGGCAACAGGAAUCUGGUAAAGUUGGUUCUGUGACAUACAUCAAACAAGAAGAGUUUUCACCGAGGCAGAGCUCCCAGCCAGAGGGGCUUCUGGUCAGAGCACAGCAUGAAGGUGUUGUCCGAGGUACUAUGAGUGCAUUGCAGGAGGGAAGCAUCACUAGAGGCACCCCAGCCACCAAAGUUCCCAUGGAAGCUAUUUCCUCUCUUCGAGGGUCUAUUACUCAGGGUACUCCAGCACUGUCACAGUCUGGUAUUGCUGCCGAUGUCUUGUUGAAGACGACCAUCACCAGACUGGCUACAGAGGACAUCAGUAGUCCGGAAAAGUGUAGAGAAGAGUCCUCUGCCAAAGGCCAUGUCAUUUAUGAGGGGAAGAGUGGACAUAUUGUAUCUUAUGAUUCCACCAUUAAGAAUCUACGUGAUGGUACCAGGAGUCCCCGGAGUGUUCCGGAGAUGACACUGAAGAGAACCUAUGAAGCCAUGGAAGGAAAUAUAAAGCAGAACCUGUCUGUCAGAGAGUCUGCUGUGUCAGCACCAAUGGAAGGGCUUAUCUGUCGUACACUACCUAAAGGAACAGAACUGAAGGAAAGACAGGUUCUUACUGGCUCAAUAAUGCAAGGCACCCCAAGAGCAACGCCUGAGAACUUUGAUGAUGGACUCAAAUAUGCCAAGCAAAUCAAACGUGAAAGUCCACCUAUUCGGUCUUUCGAUGGUGCCAUCUCAAAAGGCAAGCCUUAUGAUGGUGUUACCACAAUUAAAGAAAUGGGUCGUUCUAUCCAUGAAAUCCCUAGGCAGGAUCUUAUUAGUCAAGAAAGUCGGAAAACUCCAGAGAGUUCAAGGACACUAUUAGAAGGGUCUAUUUCCCAGGGAACACCUAUAAAACAUGAAGGCACAUCUGGUCAGUCUGCUAUCAAGCACAAUGUAAAGUCCUUAAUCAUGGGGCCAAGUAGGCUGCAACGUGGGGUGCCACAGAUGGACAUGAUGCCAGAGAAUUUGAAGGUAGUGGAUAGAUCAAAAUGUGAAGACUCCAAGUCAUCUGAUGCCAUGCGAUCACGUCAUACAUCUGUUGUGAGUUCUGGUACAUCGGUGCUCAGGUCAACUCUACACGAAGCCUCCAAGUCCCAGUUGAGCCCUGGGAUUUAUGAGGAUUCUAGUGCUAGGAGAACACCAGUAAACUACCCCAGCCCAAUGUCAAGAAGUUCACCUAUGGCACGGUCUGAAGGUGGCCUCACACCAGGGAAGUCUUCCAGCCAUGAAAGAAAAAGCACAUUAACGCCAACGCAAAGGGAAAAUAUUGUUGUAAAGUCCCCAGUCCCUGGUGUAGACCCGGCUGCAUCUCACAGUCCCUUUGAUCCCCACAUGCGUGGAGGUACACCUGGAGAGGUUUACAGAGGCCAUCUACCACCUCACCUUGAUCCUAUCCAGUUCCACCGAGCUCUGGAUCCUGCAGCCUACUUGUUUCAAAGGCAGCUUUCCCCAACACCAGGUUACCCAAGCCAGUACCAGCUCUAUGCCAUGGAGAACACACGACAGACAAUCUUAAAUGACUACAUCACCUCCCAGCAGAUGCAGGUUAAUUUAAGGCCAGACGUUGGCAGAGGGCUUUCUCCUAGGGAACAAGGAUUAGCAAUACCCUAUACUGGAGCACGAGGUAUAAUAGACUUAAAUAACAUGCCACCCACUAUUCUCGUCCCUCAUCCUGGCGGAACAAGUACUCCCCCGAUGGACAGAAUUACAUAUAUGCCAGGGGCUCAGCUUGCUUUCCCUACUAGGCCAUACAACCCUCCAUCUUCUUUGUCUCCAGGUCACCCAGCACACUUAACUCCUGUAUCAUCUGCCAAUGUUGAAAGGGAGAGAGAACGAGAAAGGGAACGUGAAAGAGAAAAAGAACAGCGUGACCGAGAGCGGGAAAGAGAGAGGGAGCGAGAGAGAAUAGCCGCAGCCUCAGCACAGAGUGAACAUUAUCUGCGAGCAGGUGCAGAGCCGCCUAGUAGACCAGGCAGUCACGGAUAUGUACGGUCACCGUCACCAUCAGUCCGUUCCCAGGAGAACAUGAUGCCACAGCGGCCGAGUAUAUUACAUGGAGCUAAUGGAAAAAGUGUCAUCACACCACUAGACCCUUCACAGCUGCGAAUCAUGCCUCUGAAUCCUGGUGCUGCUUCCAUCACUCAUGGAACCCCAGCCUCCCGGUAUAGCACCGCUGCUGAUGCAUUAGCUGCUUUAGUAGACGCUGCAGCUUCUGCUCCACAGAUGGAAGUUUCCAAGCCAAAGGAAAGCAAACACGAGUCUGCAAGAUCAGAAGAAAACAUAGCAAGGCGUGCAGCACUGGAGCAGCAGCAGAUGGAAACUGAGCGUAGACUGGUUCAAAGCCCAUACACCUCCUCCAGUUUCUCUAGUAGCAAGUCGCAAAGCCAGCCAUCUCCAGCUGUGUAUUCUGAAGCGGGCAAAGAUAAACCUGCACAUACUAAAUCACGCUAUGUGGAAGAAAUUAAAAGCCCAUGGAAAGACCACAAUCACUGCAGCCAACUUUAUAGAUGUGAUUAUAACACAGCAGAUCGCUUCUGACAAAGAUGCACGAGAGCGCGGUUCAAUAAGCUCCAAUUCCUCCAGUAGCUUGUCUUCCCAUCGCUAUGAGCCACCCAGGGACACUAUUGAAGUUAUCAGCCCAGCGAGCUCCCCGGUGCAAGUCCAAGAGAAGGAAAGUUACCCACAGGAAAUUCCUAAACCAAGCCAGCUUGAAAGUAAGUUCACUAAAUAUAUUUUUCUUAAUCAUGAAAACAGUCGGCAAUAUGAAGCCCAAGCCAGUCGCUACAGGACACAACAAGAGUCUCCCUCCCCACAGCAGCCUAAUCCCGCCCAUGUGCCACAGACCCACAGGCUCAUUACCCUAGCUGAUCACAUAUGUCAUAUUAUCACACAAGACUUUGCCAGGAAUCAAUCAACUUCUCAAGCUUCUCAGCAGACACCUACAUCAACAUUCCAGAACACUGCCCCACCAGCAGCACCCGUCCGAUCCAAGCCAUCCAACAGGUUCAGCCCAGACUCUCAGGCUCAGCCUGUACACCACCAGCGGCCAGCCUCUAGGGUGUCUCCAGAAAACAUGCCUGACAAACCUAGAGGAAGCAGGCCUGGAAAGUCGCCAGAAAGAGGACACAUGAGUGAGCCAUAUGAGCCUAUAUCACCCCCACAGGCUCCCAUUUUACACUCAAAACAAGACAAUAUCAUGUUACUGUCCCAAAGGUCAGAGCCUGCUGAACAAAGGAAUGAUUCCCGAUCACCUGGAAAUAUGAAUUAUCUCCCCUCCUUCUUCACUAAGUUGGAGAAUACCUCCCCUAUGGUGAUGUUCAAGAAACAAGAGAUAUUUCGUAAGUUAAACUCCUCUGGUGGCGGUGACUCUGAUAUGGCAGCUGCUCAGCCAGGGACAGAGAUAUUUAACUUGCCAGCUGUCACUACCUCGGGUACCAUCAGCUCCCGAGGUCAUUCCUUUGCUGAUCCUGCCAGUAAUCUUGGUCUAGAGGAUAUUAUCCGCAAAGCUUUAAUGGGCAAUUUUGAUGACAAGUCAGAUGAUCAUGGUGUCCUAAUGGGGGUAUCACAAGGCAGUGCUUCAGGGUCUUCAAGUAAUGAUCCUCGUAGAGAGGAAGCAAAUCCCUCGCCCAAUUCAGGUUAG